AUGGGUACAAUUCAGACGAACAUUUCUGAUCCAUGCGCAGCAUUGAGGCUGUAUCGGAAGAAAUUCGAGGACGCAGAAGCGCUCUUCGACAGCGGCGAUAUAGCUGGCUGCAUAUUGGCAGCUCAGCGCAACAUAACUAAUACGGUACGGCGGGCAACGGAAAUGAAUGAUGCCGAUUCGCUCGCUGCCCUACAAGAUCUCCGUGAGGAGCUUGACUGGUUGGCUGAGCAGCGAGACCAAUAUCUCCAGGAACACAGAGCAUGGAUGCUUGAACAAGAGGGAGAGGACGAUGACGCCGAGACGGACUCGGAAGGAGAUGGAGUUGAGUUGGACGACAGCGAGGAGGAGGCGGAGAUGGAAGCCAAGGACGUUGAGUUAGGCGAGAGUAACGCGUUGAUGGGAGGUGGGGACACUCAACACCUUCCGAUCCGCGGACCACAAGCUCCCACGGCAAGCCUCGUAGUCAAUCGAGAGGACGAGCGUUCUGCCAUUCUUGCAGCGACCGCCUUCCUUUUCGAAUGCCAGUCGUACAUACCGGGGCAUAUGCAAGGUCAGUAUAUCCAGGCGGUCCUGGAACUUCAGGAAGCUGCCAUGCGCACCAUCAACAGCAUGUCUUCCACAGCUUCCGCAGCUUAA